AUAUAUUCAUUUUCCCACUUUAACACAAGUAUGGUGAAAUCAAGACAAAACCCUAUAUUUACUCUGAUUGCUAUUGUGGUCUAAACUCUGAAAUAGAUAUUAUAUUGAUUAAUUAGUAGAAUCUUCGUGAUAUUUAAAUUAUAUUAUAACUGAUAUUUCAAGAAAAAGGAGGCAGUUGCAAGAGAAUAAUGUAUCAAUAUCAUGAUCAUGAACACAAGUUGAUUAGAUGGGAAAGCAACACACAACUGCACAAUUAAUGUAUAGGUUCAUCUUCAUCAUAGGAGGGGUCCAUAUAUUAUAUAUAUCAUCCAUAUGGGUUGCAUUUUCCUCGCUUAAAACACAUAAUUUUGGUAAAAUCUCCUUGAAAAUGGUGGUUUUGGGCUCUAAUCAAAUGCUUAGAAUUCAAGCACCUUUUCCCCCACUUGUUCCAAUUUCUUUCUAUUUAAAUUAACUACGUAUACGUACGGUCCUUUUUUAUUAGAUUAUACUCUCCUUUUUAUUUUUAAUUGGAGCAGUGAUUUUCCUACCAAGUUGGGUCACCAAACAAAAUUAAGAAAAACCCAUAAAAUAAAACUAAAAUUAAAUAAUUUUUUAAAAAAAAAAAUUGCAAAUGAGUGGUAGUUUUACUGACCGUCUUCCCAUCUGUAUGGACCUUUCCUUCGGAACAUGCCAACAUGGUCUUUCCUUUUUCCUACGACCGUUGACUUUGAACCGGUCUCCAAAGUCAAUCUCGUGUACUUCUCUCCUCCCCCUUCAUUUUCCAUGCUUCUUCCUCUCCCAAUUGUACAUACAUGAUACAUAUAUAUAUAUAUACACGUAUGUAUAUAAACAUGCAUAUUAUUGUCUAAUCAUCCAAUCUCAGCAUUGAUUAUACGGUGUAUAAUACGGCAUCGCAUAUGGAAUAACCACCCCACUGCCAACCACAACUCUCUCUCUUUGAUGUUUUUUUUUUAAUUAUUUAUUUUUUAUUUCUACACAAAGAUUAUAAAUUAAAUUCAAGUGCUGAGCUUACCUUCGUCAUCCCACUUGUCACGCAAUUUCCCAAAGUUCCCUUAUAAACCCAUUUCCUCCGCUCCCUCACUCUCUCACCACAACACUCCACCUCUUAUUAUUCUGCUUCAGCAGCUUUUAGGGUUUUUUUUUUCUUGAGUCGAGUACUAUGGCGCUUGAAGCUCUCAGCUCGCCCAAGCUAUUGGACUUGGAAGAAAACGCGAAUCUCCACAGCCUCGAGCCCAGCACCAAACGCAAACGCUCCAAGCGUCCGCGUUUCGACCAGCCUACCGCCGAGGAGGAAUAUCUCGCUCUCUGCCUCGUCAUGCUUGCUCGCGCCGGAAGAUCCACCGAAGAUGAUCGUCCCCAGAAGACGGAGGAAGAGGAAAUAGCGGUCAGAACGCAACCGCAGACGCAGAUGUUGAGCUACAAGUGCAGCGUUUGCGGCAAGGCGUUUCCGUCGUACCAGGCUCUCGGCGGACACAAGGCCAGCCACCGGAAACACCUCCUCGCUGCCGCCGGAGACGACCACUGCGCCACCACCAGCACCACAACCUCGGCGACGGCAAGCGGUGGCGGGAGAUGCCACGUGUGCUCGAUCUGCAACAAGUCGUUCCGGACAGGUCAAGCACUGGGCGGGCACAAGCGCUGCCACUACGACGGCGGUAGCAGCGUAGAGUCGAGUAGCCACGUCAGCCAACAGAGUCAACGUCAGUUUGACCUGAACCUCCCGGCGGAGUACGUCGACGUCGACGUCGACGAAGUCGUCAGUCCGAUGCUGGCGAAGAAACCCCGCCUCUUAUUCCCUCUCUAAAGUCGGGGGUUCUUAGAGAAAUCCAAAUUUAAAGGCUUUUUGUUAGCAGAUCACAAAACACUUGUUUGUUUUUUAGGUUUAGAUUUUUAGAACAUUAAUAUUUGUUGUACGUAAACAGCUAUUUAUGGGAAUCAAAUGGGGUUGUGGUGGUGGUUUUGGUUAAGACACGGAUUGGGUGGAGAGAUUGAGAUGACGUCAUGGGCGUGGGAUAAGACUUGGGAUGAAACCAAAGCUUCUCCAAGUACGGGGACACGUGUCAAUUCACUAUUAACUCCUUUAUUUAUCUCGGUCGUUUUGGUUUCCCCUG